UGUGAUUUAUUGGUAGUUGCAAGGAAAUGCUGCUCCGACAGUAUGAGGCUCUGAGCACCUUCCACGAACCUUCUUUCUUCAGUCUUCACCACCGCACCAACACGAUACCACAAAAAAUCUGCUCUUUACCUAGAGAUCGUCAAAGAAAAUUCUCCCUCCAUUUUCGAAAAUAAGAAGAUAAAAAGCACAAAAUUGUUCGGGCAUUCAGCGGUUGCUCAAUUUCCACCGCCAGUCUUUAUUGCCGCUGGUUGCCUUCAUCGGAUGUGGAUCUCUUUGUUACGUUAGCUAAAUCAUCUUCUUUUUCGUGAUCAGUGAUAACUUGGUGGUCCAUGACAUUGAGCUGCAGUUCAGAUAAAUUGUUCUAGCUGAUGGCUCUCAUUGAAAUGGGACAAAUAGAAGAGAAGACAGAUCUUGAAUCUGAAGACAGUCAAUUUAAUUCAUCCCAAGACACUAGAAAGAGGCAUUGCUGUGAGACACCUCAUCUUGUAUCAGUGGCAAAUGUUUCCCAUACAUUCACAUAUAAGAACAUAAAUGGUUGGCCAAUCAAGAGUAUUCCAAUUGUCUUAUUCAAAGCGAAGAUUAAUUUGUUGUUACCUUUUGGUCCCUUGGCAAUAUUGCUUCACCAUCUUACUGGAAAGCAUGGAUGGGUAUUUUGCUUCAGCUUAUUGGGCAUCAUUCCUUUAGCUGAGCGUUUGGGAUAUGCAACCGAACAACUUGCAUUCUACACAGGUUCUACAGUUGGAGGUCUUCUAAAUGCUACAUUUGGCAAUGCUACGGAAAUGAUAAUUUCUAUCUAUGCUUUGAAGCAUGGAAUGAUAAGAGUUGUUCAGCAAUCACUAUUGGGUUCAAUCCUCUCAAAUAUGCUGUUAGUGCUUGGUUGUGCCUUUUUCUGUGGUGGAUUUAUUCAUCAUGAGAAGGUUCAAGAGUUCAAUAAGGCAGCUGCUGUAGUGAACUCAGGAUUACUUUUGAUGGCUGUCAUGGGUAUAAUGUUUCCAGCUGUUCUUCACUUCACUCGUACAGAGGUGCAUUUUGGGAGGUCAGAGCUGUCACUUUCAAGAUUUAGCAGCUGCAUUAUGUUAGUGGCAUAUGCUAGCUACCUAUUUUUUCAGCUGAAGAGUCAGAGGAAUCAUUAUAAUCUUAUUGGUGAAGAAGGAGACCGUAAUGAAGAAGAUUAUGGUGAAGAGGAUCCUCCUGAGAUUUCUCAAUGGGAAGCAAUUGGAUGGCUUGCAGUUUUGACAGCAUGGAUUUCCAUUCUUUCUGGCUACCUUGUUGAUGCAAUUCAGGGAGCAUCAGAGUCAUUGAAUAUGCCUGUGGCUUUUAUCAGUGUCAUCCUGCUUCCAAUUGUAGGGAAUGCUGCAGAACAUGCAAGUGCAAUUAUGUUUGCAAUGAAGGACAAACUUGAUAUUACACUAGGAGUUGCUAUUGGAUCAUCAACACAGAUAUCAAUGUUUGUUAUUCCCUUCUGUGUGGUCGUUGGAUGGUUUAUGGGUAGACCGAUGGAUUUGAAUUUUCAACUCUUUGAGACUGCAACUCUCUUUAUUACAGUUCUAGUAGUAGCAUUUAUGCUGCAGGAAGGGACUUCAAACUAUUUCAAAGGACUGAUGCUGAUUCUAUGUUAUCUCAUUGUUGCUGCUAGUUUUUUUGUACAUGUAGACCCUUCAAACGGUGAUGAUUGAAGAUUGUAAGCAGUUACCUGAAUAACAAAAUCUAUGAAGGAUACAGUACUGUUUUUGUUCUAGAAUUGCAGCCUUUGCUGUCCCCAUUUUCAUUCCAGAUCAUUUAAUGUGGGAGCUGGGAAAUGUUUUUGGGAUUCCAGGUACAAAAGCAAUGGAGUAGGAGAAUUUUGUUCUUGCUCUCUUCAUAUUCUUUCUGGAUGGAUUUUCCAAGUAAUAGUCCUUCAUUUGCAGCGAAGGCAUUGUUGUAUGAUAUUGGUCUUUACGUUUUUUUUUCUUUGGAUAAAGCUGGAGCUUGGGCCCUCUUGGGGUUCUAGAACAUGCAUUUUCCGAUUGUCUUCAAAGGAAUUUGGUGCCGAAACAAAACAUCACUGUUGUCGGGCAAUGCACGUCAGAGGACUUACAAAAAAAAAAAAAAAAAAAAGCACGUCAGAGGACAGAUGAUCAGUUUUAAAUAACAUUCUCUAUGUUACUUGUCAGUUGUGGAAAAACCAUCGUCUUUCUAGAACCUCUGUUUACUGUUGUAUAAGUAGAAGGAGAAGAACAGAAUAGCUAGGGAGGACUCCAUAACUGCACCUUGCAUAUUGUAACAUUCGGUAAGAGUUCGGAUCUGCACUCACCUCGGUCCAUUCAAGCUUUUACACA